UGCUGGCAGAAAAUAGAAACUAUAACGGUAGCCGCACUAAGGCGCGCUUCAGGUUAGUCUCUACCGCCUGGAUUUUUUUUGCCAGCCCACGAAGUUUUGAUUCUUUUGGUCGCCUCAGACUCGACUUCAACCACUUUCUGAAUAUCCGACUCCUGACAUAUACCUGGACGGUCUUUCGUAUCUAGUGCCCGAACUUCAAAGCCUGUUUCACACAUUCACAUCUGAAACGUUUCCAUGGCCAGAUUAUCCAACCAGCUCAUUGUGGGGGUCUUGGGGGCGUUCCUCAUCUUCUACACGUUUGUCUACAACAUCGAGCCCAAAAUCAUCUACAUCAACACGGAUGGGGAGCCAAUAGACUAUUCCGCCCUUGCGCCGUUGCAAAAAGAGCAGCAGUGGAAGACGCAGCAACGCGAAAAUGCAACGUUUGUGUCGCUUGCACGUAAUUCGGAAAUGUACCAGUUGGUGGAGUCGAUCAGACGCGUGGAGGACCGCUUCAACCGCAAGUUCCACUAUGACUGGGUGUUCUUAAACGACGAGCCGUUCUCCGACGAGUUCAAGGCCCUCACUUCUUCGAUUGUCUCUGGUACCGCAAAAUACGGCCUCAUUCCCAAGGAACACUGGGGGUACCCAGACUAUAUUGACCAGAAGAAGGCUAAGGCGUCGCGCGACAAGAUGAAGGCGGACAAUAUCAUUUACGGUGAGUCUGAGUCCUACAGACACAUGUGCCGCUUCGAGUCCGGGUUCUUCUUCAACCACCCACUUAUGCUUGAUUACGAGUGGUACUGGCGUGUGGAGCCAGACGUGCACAUCUACUGUGACGUAGACUACGACUUGUUCAAGUACAUGCGGGAAAACAACAAGACGUACGGGUUUGCCAUCUCCAUCCAUGAGUUUGUUAAGACGAUUCCGACCUUGUGGGACACCACCAAGAAGUUUGUCGAGGAGAACCCAGAGGUUAUAGCUGAGAAUAACCUCAUAGACUUUGUCAGUAACGACGGUGGUAAGAGCUACAACUUGUGCCACUUCUGGUCAAACUUUGAAAUCGCCAACAUGAACUUCUGGCGGUCGGACACGUACCAGAAGUACUUUGAUUACUUGGAUCGUUCCGGUGGCUUCUUCUACGAGAGAUGGGGUGACGCGCCGGUCCAUUCUAUUGCCGCCUCGCUCUUCUUGCCGAAGGACCAGAUCCACUACUUUGACGACAUCGGAUACAGACACGGGGUGUAUGCCCAGUGUCCGUUGAACGCCGAUCUCCGCUACAAGAACAAGUGUCACUGCAAGCCCGAGGAUGACUUUACUUUCAGAGGGUACUCCUGCGGCAAGCAGUACUUUGCCGCCCAGGGGUUGGUCAAGCCGCAGGAGUGGGUGGAUUACCAAUAAACCGUAUCUUUAUUUACCGCUGCUUGUAUAGAUAAACUUAUCAAAUCCUAUCGCUGAUAAUAG